AUGGGACAGUGGCCGACACAGGGGGGCGACAGUCUGUCAGACAGCUUCGAGGUUGGUCAAGGGCUCCAUCAGACUGUACCUAUGCACGGUCUUUCUUCCCAUCACUUUGGCGCAGCAACGUACAACGACUUGGUUGAUAACCCGGGUAGCGUUCUGGAGACAUUCGGCAGUUUCUCCUCUGCUUCGCAAGACACCAGUGUCUCUCAAGGUCUUGGUGCCGUCAGUAGCUCCUUCAGCUCAACCGGUAGCAGCGGUGCUGCCGAUUCCUUUCAUCCCUUCGAAACCGGCUCCUGUUCGCAAUUUGAAGGGCAAUCCUCGAACACUCGAAAUCUCUACCCACAAGACCUCCGCAGCAGAAUUCCCUCGCCCUGCAUGUCUGAAAUGGGGAGAGAAACGGCGCUCGAAGUCGGAGGGGACUCUCCCAUAGCAGACGCACCCGACAUUGCGUCGAAAUUGCCGGUCAAGGCCAAAAAGGGUAAGAGCAAGCCUGGCAGAACCUCAAAGUCAAAGCAAUUUUCGAAUCGUGCGAUCCAGCCAAAGACAGCCGAGUCCAAGGGUGCUGCUGGCAUCCGCAAAGAGCUUCCAGACAGAGCAACCAAGUCCCUGAAGCCACGAUCCGGCUCGCCGAAGCCAUCGAGCGGCACUUUAACAAGGCCAAAGUCUUGCCACAUCAUGUCAAACGUUCCGGAUCCUGUCCAGGGCACAGUUCCGGUAUCUAUGCCGAUACAGGGGGACCAGGUACAUGCGCCGGUCAAGCCCGUGUCAUCUACAGACUGGAGCAUGGAGCGCCUGGGCCAAGGACGAAUUUCUGCUCCGCUCAAAGCGUUUUGGCAGGUUCAACUCCUUCGUCAAGGGGUAGCCAAAUUCGCCAAGGAAGCAGAGAAUGGUCGGAUGAAAGUACCGUGGAAGCAAGUGGCUGAGUACAUUCAGCGAAAGGGAGGUUCCUACCUCUUCGGCAAUGCAACAUGUCGAAAGAAGUGGGAUGAACUUGUUCAGAAUGGAGACGAAAACGGCGAUUACGGCGAAGAAGAGGAGUGA